GGGGCGUGGCCUGGUCAGCUGCGGUUUUAAUGUCUAUUUUGUUUCCGAGACCGUUUGCUGCAAUUAUAUUCUGGGCGGUCCAUGGGAAGCUCUCGUCCAGAUGUCUUGCAAAAUCACCGUAUUGGUUAUUGGCGCGGGAAACCGGGGGGAGAAUUAUUCUUCUUAUGCUUUAUGUUACCCGGAUCGCAUGAAGGUGAUUGGCGUGGCCGAUCCUCGGGAACUUGUCCGUCAAAAACUACAAGACGUGCAUCAAAUCCCGGCGGAGAAUGUCUUCGACGAUUGGAUUGCCGCUGCGGAGCGAGAAAAGUUUGCCGACGCCGUGAUUAUAGCAACUCCAGACAGACUCCAUAAGGCACCUGCAGUAGCUUUUGCCCAAAAGGGAUAUCACAUCUUGUUGGAGAAACCCAUGGCGGUGACGGCCGAAGAUUGCAUAGAGGUCGUCCGGGUGUGCGAAAGUAACCACGUCAUCCUUGCUGUAUGUCACGUGCUCCGUUACCAUCCGGUCACCCUGAAGAUCAAGGAAUUGCUAGACGCUGGCUUGAUCGGCGACAUCUGCCAUAUUCAACAUCUGGAACCUAUAGGUUUCUGGCAUUUUGCCCAUUCCUUCGUCCGCGGGAAUUGGAGAAAUGAAACCGAAAGUUCUUUCUCUUUAUUGGCUAAAUCCUGCCAUGAUUUCGACCUGAUCCAUUUUUGGAUGGGAAGGAAAAGAUGUUUACAAGUUUCCUCUUUUGGCCACCUGUCGCAUUUCACAAAAGAGAACAAGCCCAAAGGAGCUGGCCAUCGCUGUUUGGACUGUUCAGUGGAACCAAACUGCCCAUAUUCUGCGCGGAAAAUCUACCUGGAACGUGCAGAAAAGGGUGCUUUUCACUGGCCAGUCUCCGUGGUCUGCAGCAACAGUGGGUCGGAUAUAGAAACCCUGACGGAGGCUUUGCGGCUCGGCCCGUACGGAAGAUGUGUUUAUGAUUGUGACAACGAUGUGGUUAGCCACCAGGUGGUCAAUAUGGAAUUUGAAGGCGGAGCGACGGCUGCAUUCACGAUGGUCGCUUUUACUGAAAAACUCGGGGUGCGGAUGACAACCAUUUACGGAACGAAGGGCGAGCUUUCCUGUAAAGGGGAGGGGGCAGACGUGGAAAUUUUCGACUUCCUUCAAAAAAAAAAGACCUCGUUUUCUCCCCAAGUGAUGCCCGACAUCCCUGCUUGUUUAAAUGGUCACUGCGGUGCAGAUUAUUACUUGAUCCACAACUUCGUCUCAGCUGUAUUGGAAAACGACCCAUCUCGAAUUCUGACCAGCGCCGAAGACACGCUCUGUUCUCACCUCUUGGUGUUCGCAGCCGAAAAAGCUCGCAGAGAAAACCGAGUGGUGGUUUUAGAAACUGGAUGGGAAAACUCGCACUCACAGCUGGCUCACGUGCACGGUGAAUGACUACAAAACCCCUGCUGAGGAUGGACAGGCUCAAAGCACCCUUCUCCCCCGGCCUUUCUGCAGCGACUUUCUCUGCCACCACCACACCUAUCGUCUGCGACACCUAAGACGGCGGCGGCUGCCAUCUCAAAAUUUCAGAAAAAUGACAUAUUUUUCGUUUCGUCGGAAAGUGUGGAAAAUUACGAAUUCUAUGGAAAAAGCUACCUUUCUGCCUUGAGGCUACUGUGCACCUUAUUUUAAAAAACACUGCAGAAAAUUCAAAUUUAGAAUUCCGCUAAAAUGUGGCCGCAGCUCAGCCGCGACCCACAGCGGCAUCGAAUCCGAACUUUUCUGUGGUUCGUUUUAAAUUUGGGGUUUAAUUGCACGAAAAGCCGCUCGGGGUAGGAAGACAUGAGUUCCAGGUUGUGCGAACCAGACCUUUUGGUGUGCACUACAAGGUGUGUGUGUGCCUCUUUUAAAGACAGGAGCCAACUUUCCUUCAAACGGGUAAGAAUCCAAGGUGAGAUUUUGUAAACCGAGGUCACACCGUCGUGCG